CAUGUAUACCUUCUGCAAAUUCAAGAAAAGUGACUACUUUUACAGCCUGCAACUGAUAAAAAAAAAGUGACAAACACUGAUUCUUUCAGCUGUUACUUUUUAACAUAGUGGCAUAUCAGGAUGAAAUGCUUUUUGUUAGUUUAUUUAAAGAAGCUGAGGCAAAUGCUUUCUGGUUUAUAUCAUUAAGCAACAUUCACAAAGAUGUGAUUUAGUUUGGGAGGUCAGUGUACGUAUUCAAAAGCACAAUAACAGCUUUUUGUUUUGAUUGGGAAAACAGACUACUUGAAUAUGUUUUCUGUUCCCACAUCAUACAAACUCUGCUACAUCUUGAAGUCGACUUUGAAAUUAUUUUUCUCUUUAGUUUUAAGUUGGAGGCAUCGGUCUUUUGGGAAUUUUUAAGACUUGGUGUUCUGUUACACACAUGUAGGCCAAGGAUGGGGAAAAGAGACCACUAGCUAUCACUUUGCUCUGUGGUGUGAUGAAGUUGCUUUUACUCAGAAUAGGAACUGUUUGAUUUUUGCAUACUAAAAAGUAGGGAGUGUAGGCUACACAGAACUUUAAGCAAUCUUUCAAAAGGCUGAUUGGUAUCUGCUUAAACAUGUCAGAGAUGGAUUUUCUCUGAGCAUGAGCUAGAAGACAUUGAAUCUAAGGGAGUGUUAAUACAUCCCAAGUAUCUAGUUUCAUUGGCUAGCUUUACUAGACUGCUCUCAGGGGGAGAAAGAUAAGCUCAUCUGGAGGAACUGUUGUCUCUUUACUGUGGUGAAAACAGCAUUUCUCUACAAGCUGUGUGUUGGACCUCAUUGCCGUACUUGUGUACAGCUGUGGUGGACAGAUGCUUCUGCUUAUUGUAUCAAAUCUCAAGAAAGCCUAGUGAAGAGUCAAGAAGUCUUAAUGGGGGAAAAACGGACUCUUAUCCAGUUCAGAGCUGUUUGGUUUGGAUUUGUGUGUGAUUGGCAUUGCGCUAUACUGCAGUGAAGAGGUAUUUUUCACUUCAAGAGACCUUGCAUUAAAGGAUCAUGGUAGACAGUUUAAUAGUUUCUUUGAGACUUCUCAGUUCGCUAGCAGUGCUGGGGUUUCAGUUUGUCAUCCCACAGCCUUCAAUUGAACACAGAAAGGUUCCCCAGAGGAUAGAAGAGCAAAGAGAUGCAUCUGAGGAUAGCAGUGCAGGAAUCCCAGGCAUGUGGGGAAGUUGGGGCCCCUGGUCUGCCUGCUCUCGGAGCUGCAGUGGUGGUGUGAUGGAGCAGACGCGACCCUGCCUCCCAGCCUAUUACCGGGAAAGGGGCUACCGAAGGCCAGGGCGGCAGUACCCAGCCUCAGAGAGAACUCUUGCUCAUCAGCAUUCCCAUCACCAUGAGGACUCGCUGACUGCUUAUCCUGGCCAUGUCAUUUCUGCCAUCCGUACAUCUGUGCCGCUUCACAGGAAUGAAGAGCAGCUUUGGGCUGGCCUUCGGGCCUUUGCUUCUUCUGGAGGCCAUAAUAACAGCCACCUGAGCAGAGGAGCAUUGAGAGGCAGCAGGCAUUCUCAGACCCAGAGGCAGAACACCAAGCCAGAAAAGAGAAGCAGAAAUAGAAAUCCUAUUGGUCCAGGAAAGUAUGGAUAUGGAAAAGUGCCCUACAUUUUACCUUUACAAACAGACACCGGUCAGCAGCCUCAGAAGCUUCGGAGACAGCGACAGUCAUCUAGGAACCAUGUAUUUCAUCAGAGUCCAAGUCUCAUGAGCACUUACAGUCAGGGAGCUAGUCCUUCACUUCAACAUGGGAAUCUUUAUCAAGAAGAACGUGGGCCUCAGGCUGGACAUCAAGCGCUGGGACCGUCAGUUUAUCAGUCAUCUUCGUUUCCUGUAUCUCAAAGCCUGUUUCACAGCAGUGACUCAAAUCAUCAUGGGUCACCAUCACACCAGGCAGUCCAGGGUCAGCCUCAGCCUCAAAGAGCUGCAGCAAUUGUGUGCAUUGGCACUUACAAGCAAUAUAAACUCUGCAAUACCAAUAUGUGUCCUGAAAGCAGCAGAAAUAUCAGAGAGGUGCAGUGUGCAUCAUACAAUAACAAGCCAUUCAUGGGUCGAUUUUAUGAAUGGGAACCUUUCGCAGAAGUGAAGGGAAGUCAGAAGUGUGAGCUGAAUUGCCGUGCAGUAGGCUACCGAUUCUAUGUGAGACAAGCUGAAAAGGUGAUCGAUGGGACACCCUGUGACCAGAAUGGAACUUCAAUCUGCGUGGCAGGGCAGUGCAAGAGCAUUGGCUGUGACGACUAUCUGGGUUCAGACAAGGUGAUUGACAAGUGUGGAAUAUGUGGAGGGGACAACACUGCUUGCAAGGUUGUGUCUGGAGUUUUCAAACACACGCUAACAAAUCUUGGCUACCACAAGAUAGUGGAAAUUCCUGAAGGAGCUACUAAAAUCAACAUUACUGAGAUGUCAAAGAGCAACAACUAUUUGGCACUGCGAAGUCGAUCGGGACGGUCCAUCAUCAAUGGAAACUGGGCAAUCGAUCGACCUGGGAGAUAUGAAGGUGGUGGGACAAUGUUCAUUUAUAAACGCCCAAAUGAAAUCUCCAGCACUGCAGGAGAGUCAUUUUUAGCAGAUGGCCCAACAAAUGAAGUCCUUGAUGUCUAUAUGAUACAUCAGCAGCCUAACCCAGGUAUACACUAUGAGUAUAUCAUUCCAGGAGACAAUGUCAUUAGUCCUCAGUUGCUUGCUCACAGGAGGCCAGGGGAACCCUUGAAUGGUCAGUUAGGAAUGACAGAAAGCACAAAUCAUGAGGAUGAGGAUUUGCAUAGGGAGACAGACACUCUAACUGGACAGCCAGCUGGAACUUUUCCGGUUAUUCAGCCAGGAAGAUUUCCCUCUCAUCAGCCAGAAAACCAGGUGCCUGCUGUGCAACCACCAAGACAAAACCGAGAACACAACUGGAAACAAGUUGGAAAAACUGAGUGCACAACUACAUGUGGGAAAGGGUCACAGUACCCAAUUUUCCACUGCGUCAACAGAAUCACUCACGAGGAGGUAUCUGAGAGUUACUGUGACAGCAGUACCAAACCCAUUCCAGAAGAGGAAGCCUGCAACCUCUUCCCAUGUCCAGCUUUCUGGGACAUAGGGGAAUGGUCUGAGUGCAGCAAAACAUGUGGCCUUGGUAUGCAGCAUCGACAGAUCUUAUGCCGGCAAAUGUAUGCCAAUCGUACCUUGACAGUUCAGCAGUACCGCUGUCAUCACCUGGAGAAACCAGAGACAACCAGCACUUGCCAGCUGAAGAUUUGCAGUGAAUGGCAGAUUAGGACAGAGUGGACUUCAUGUUCAGUGCCUUGUGGAGUGGGGCAGAGGACCCGAGAUGUGAAAUGUGUCAGCAACCUUGGAGACGUUGUUGAUGAUGAGGAAUGUAACAUGAAGCUGCGGCCAAAUGAUAUUGAGAACUGUGACAUGGGUCCCUGUGCUAAGAGCUGGUUCCUUACAGAGUGGAGUGACAGGUGUUCUGCAGAAUGUGGUGAUGGAGUCCGUACACGUUCAGUGGUUUGCAUGACAAACCAUGUCAGCAGUUUGCCUCUGGAAGGCUGUGGCAAUAACAGACCUUCUGAAACAACACCCUGUAAUAAUGGACCCUGUGCUGGUAAAGUGGAGUGGUUUGCUGGGGGCUGGACACAGUGCUCUACAGAAUGUGGCAGUGGAACUCAACAGAGAGAAGUCGUUUGUGUUAGGAAAACUGAAGGUACUUUUGAUGUUUUGAACCCCUAUGAAUGUUCAUAUUUGGAAAAACCUCCCAGCCAGCAAUCCUGCUACCUCAAACCAUGUGGAUCUAAGUGGUUUCAUACAGAAUGGAGCACAUGUUCCAAAUCCUGUGAAGGAGGAUUUCGGAUUCGAGAGGUACGAUGUCUGUCAGAUGAUAUGACAGCCAGUACUCAGUGUGAUCCACAGCUUAAACCUGAAGAAAAAGAACCAUGUAACACGCAAGAUUGUAUCCCUGAAAUAGAUGAAAACUGCAAAGAUAAAUACUACAAUUGCAAUGUGGUGGUUCAGGCCCGGCUCUGUGUCUACACCUAUUACAAAACAGCCUGUUGUGCAUCCUGUACACGUGUGGCAAACAGACAGUCUGGGUUUCUAGGACGUAGAUAACAAAUGCUCUUCUACUCAAAGCGGCAAUCUCGGUCUUCAGAUGGCGCUUGAACAGUGUUACUGUUUGACUACAGCAGGUUUUAGCUUCUUAGAGAUGGGUUUUAUAUUGCUGAGUACAUCAAGACUAUGGUUAAAGUUCACACACUUUCAGUUACAGUUAUUGUGCAAUUAUCUUUUUUUAAAAUGUUUUAAACCCACAACCUUUUUAAAGCAUUAAUUUUUAAUGAUACUAUUAUUUGCACCUGCUCAUCAGAUAACUAAUUAUUUAAAGACUAUACCAGCCUUAGUAUUGUGAAAUUAAUGAAAACUAGAUCAGUCACAGGCAAUUACUGGAGAUAUUUGACCAGUAUGGAUACAGCUGCUGCAUUAUUUUCUGAGUGCUUACUCUUACUUCGUAUUUUGGAUUGCCUUAAAUUAGGUGACUAAAUCAGUGAAAAAUGCACAUGACAAAAUUACUUCACAAAGAACCAGACCCUUGAAGAUCCAUUUACCAUGAGUUUCUUAGAACUCUAACAUAUAUUUUUAAUUACUUUGGUCCAUUCAUAAUAAAGUAGAGUCACUGUUAAGCUCUCUCAGUUGUACUUUUAAGUAAGUUCCUGUCCUUAGGCAGCAAAUACAUAUACACACUUGACUGCCAAAAAGUGCCUUCAUAUUUAAUUCAUAAAUUCUUGAAGUUACACUUUUCUAAUUUUGUAUGGAUUUUAAAAUACAUUACCUACCAGAGUGCCACUAGACCCUUUAAGUCUUUAACAACUGCAGCUGUCACUGAGACAGAUUAACCAGAAUAUUGAAGAGCCUUUGCUGCUAUAAAAAAAGUCAUUGUUUCCUUUGGCAAGGUCUUCUUCCUGUAGAACAGUUAUUUCAGUGAACUGGUAUCUUGCCUAAUGUCUUGUCUCUGCACUAUUGCUUAACAACUAUCAUACCAAAGUACUUUGUCCAGACCUAGUCUGGAUAUGUCACCAGUUUCUGAAACAACCACCAAAGGAUGCAGGCCUCUGUGCUUUAUAGUAGUCUGUUACUUUUGGUACCAGGCAUGUGGUAUGAGUGUACUAGCUGAAUAUCUGUAAAAAGGAGAUCAUAGCUACUGACAUUCUUCAGAUUUUGAUCACUUAUUACAACAUACUCGUCUUUUUUUAGUCAGUGUUCCAUCCUGCAGAUCUACUCCUGUUGCUCCUUUUCUACUACUUAAGAAUGGCUCCAGACUUAGAGCUGAAUUGGUGAUUUUUCAAUUCUGCAAUUACAGUAGUCAGCCUUAGGACUUGCUAAAAGCAAAGUGAAUGUGCUAUGUUUUACAUUAUCUGCACAUUUUCUUUACCUGAGAGGCCUUUCAAACCUGUAAGUAAGGCUGAAGGAUAAACCAAACACUUAUACAUAUUCAGCUUUUUAUUACAGCAUAUUGCUUGUAAAUUGGUGGUAACCCAGCUGUGCAUAUAUUUCUAAGGUGCCUAUUGUCUGAAUUCAAAAACCAUUUUAAUAAUGUACGCUAAGUCACUCCCAGUGAUACGAUACAACAGUGAUUAAGUGUCCUGCUGCUGCUGAAGAGCCAUGUUUGAGCCUCACUGUGUAUUCUUUUCUUCUGACUUAGUGGAGGGGAUGUAGAAGACAGAAUGGAGACAGACCUUAGAUUUUUUUUAUUUGGUCACUGGUGAAAAAUAUAUUUUGGACACGAUGAACUACUAUUGUUUGACUGAGUGAAAUGAAGAAGCGUUUCCCCCAAAGUUGAUAGUUACUCUUUGUGACUACAAACCAAUAAUGUCUGUUUCUGUACACCUUUGAUCUGGCGUUUUCCACUGUAACUAAUUGAUAUAAAGCUGUUAGAAACAGAAAUUAGAAUUAGAAAACCUUUAAUUUCAUGAAUCUUUCACAAUCAUAUUCCCUUGUAUUAUAAAGAUUUAUACAUGAAAAUAACGUACAGGUUUGUGAUCAUUUUAUAUUCCCUAGAUUCUUGACCAAAGAAUAAUAUGGAGAAAGUGCAGCAUAAACAACUCUGGAAUCCAGUGUUUGUAAAUACAGAUUUUCAUCUGGAUAUCUCGUUGCAGCAAAUCUUGACAUACAGUAUGUAAUUCUUGCUGUUGUCUUUUUUGUCCCAAGGAAGUGUAUCGUACCAACUUGAGGGAAAUACCUAUCCCAUAAAAAGGCUUUCUGAAAAUCACAAGGUAAAUGAAAGGCAGAGAAAAAAUCAGGUUUGCAGUCAGUUCACAGAACAUAAUCUGCUAGCACACACUUUUGGCUGUGGGGCAGCAAUUCAGAACACAAACAGGUCAUCCUGGUCUUUUAUAAAGUAUGUUAUUUUGCUCUGAAAUUAGCCAUUAGGUUAUUUUACAAAGAUGAUCAUGUAGGCACUGUAAACAGAGUUCAUGGGAGCUAAGUAUCAAAGAAUAUAUACAUGCACCUAUCACUGUAAUCCUGUAUUACAUCUAACGUAUACAGCUUUGUGAAUUGAAUGCAGUGAGUUAUGACUGUACAAACUAUACUUUUCAGUAAAGGGACAAUUUUCAGAUGUAUCAGAUAAAACAAAAAUAAGAUUGUGCCACCUAAUUAAACAUCAGAGAAUAAGGAAACUGCAGAAUGUUGCAGAACUUAAUCAUUUAUCAUCUCUUCUCGUGUGUCAGCAUAAUCAAAGUAGUUGUUCCUGCUAAAUGAACUAAUGAAUCUUUCUUUUCAGCACUUUUAUGUAGCAAUAUUACGUACAAAGUGCUACAUAAGAUUUCACCAUCACACAAAGUGCACUUUUGAAAAUGUUGCUAUAGCAACUGUUUAUUUUAAUAGAGCAGUGCACCAAGUUGGGAUGAUGCCUGCAGAGGGCCUGAUUUUACUUUCAUUGUAAAUCAGAGGUGGACUUACUGAGUGCAGUAAAUAGAGCAGAUAUAAAACCAAUAAAAGUAAGGGAUGAUGGAGCCUUUUGAGCUUGAAAGCUUUAAUUUCUUUUUCUGACAUUUUAACACCAUCAAAAUCCCACAGAAUGGUGGGAAAAAAGCUUCCUUGCCUUAAAGAUUUUCACCUUACACAAUCCAGUAACACCAGAGUAAGUGUAGGAAGACUGCUGUAUGUUGUUGAUUUAAGGAGUCUAAGUAGUUUAACUGCUUAUAGGGGUAAAAUACGCAUACAGCUUUCAUGUCUUGCAGACAUGCAGCUGGCCAAAAUCAGCUCCGUCCAGAGCAGGCUCUGUUCCAAAGCACUCUCCAUCUGGAAUUGAGGACUGCUGGUGCAGUUGUUUAUCAAGUUAUCAAGGGUCCAUCAGGGUUUGCUAGCUCCUGCACAAUGUCAGAUCCAAACAUAUGUAGGCAGAAUUGCUUGUAUAUAGGAAUUGGUUGCCAAGUUUGAGAGCUCUUACUAUCAGCACUGAAUUCAUGGAGUUCUCCCUUCUUCUGACUAUCUGAGAAAACUGAAGAUGAUGGUGUGGAAGCAUGAGAGGUUGCUCCUGUGGGAAUGACCCUUUGUCUGACAUAGCCCUCAAUUGAGACAGUAUCUGCUUUAGUGUCUCUGACCUUCAGUCCCCAGGUCUCUCAAUUAGGGACAAGCGUGUUAGCAGGCUGGGGAGAGCACUGCAGGAGACGUGUUCUUAGAAGCCUGCUAGCCUGGAAGUCCAACUAUAGUGUAUGCCCAGUGACGCGAUGCAGGACUACCUCAGUAUCUCUGCGCAGGGAACUAGUAUCUUCCUCAUUACACACAUAAUCUUUUUUUUUUUUUUUUUUCCCACUGCUUCAGCAAAUGGAGAACUUUCUGUAUGAAUAAAGCAGUGCUUAAUGUUGUUGGUUAAAUCCCAGUUUUAUGAUAGUGUGGUGCAGUUCAGAGUUUGGUCCUUUUAUACAGAAAGAAACCUAGUAUGUCACAGAGGAUGCUAGGUUACUUGUUCACAAACUUGAUGAAAGUGGUCAGUAUAGCCCUGUGGAACUCAUAGAGCAGAAGACCACAAGGAGCAGCAGUACUGCCAGGACCUUGCUACUUACUUUGCUUAUGUCAGUCCUAGAAGGUGCCACUGAAGGAGGUAGAUGCUGGAAACAGCUUAUGGCUAGAAGAGGGAAGGUUAUGCCUUCCUGAAGGAAAUACUUUGCUUCCACUCUUUGUGUUAAUACCACCAUAAGUAGUAAAUGUGCUUUCCAGGACUUUCCUUUACUUCAUCCUCAUCCCAGCUUGUCUCCCUUUAACACCCACAAGUGUUCUCCUCUUCCUCUCAUCUCACUUCCUUCCAUCCCUUUGUCCUUUGGGUAACAAUAUUUGAUUUUGCCAGAAUUACUGAACUGGCCAUUCAGUUGAUAAGAAUCCGUGUCAAAACUAGGCCCAGCUAUUUAAAAGAACUAUAUUCCUGCCAGUCCAGUGAUCUGUUGUGGGGGUUGUUUUUGUGUGUGUAUGUGUCCAUGCUGGCUAGUUUUAAUGCACGUUAUUAAGGUACCUACUGAAUUCAUUUCUGUGCAAUGAACCUGUGAAUGCACAGCUAUUGAAGUAUGUAGUGGCUCUUCAUAUGAACAUUUAUUGCAUAAAAAAAUUAGAAUUAUUGUCUCCACACAGGAAAAACUGGGUGUCUACAUGGUUUUCUUGAGACUUACACUUAGUGUCUCUGUCUUCGUAAGAGCUGUUCUGUGUAUUAUGCAGGUAAUGUGCGUGUCUGUAAUUGGAACACACAAAACAUGAAAAUUUGAGCACAGAAAGUAAACUUCCUUUAUUCCUAAGUUACAGAAUAUGUUUGUAGGGGAUACCUUAGCUGUUUAUUUAGAAGAUGGAGUAAAAUAAUUAUUUCUAUAUCAGAAAUGAAAAAUCACCCCCUAAGCAUUUUCAGUGUAUUUUCAAGCAAACUUGUAAUCAUUGUAGUAUCUCAGUAUUGUUGGUGACAUUCAGACCUGGUGAAAGGGAGAGAAUUCCGUUUAAGGGAACUCACACCAGACCUGAACUGAGCUCUGCUUCUCUGCUUUUAGCAACCAGAAGUUAUGAAGAAUGUGAGUUCCCCAUCUUCUGUAUCCCGUUUACUAUAAUGGGUUAUAGAUAACUAUCACUAUAUCUGGAGAGGAGAGGAGCUUAAUUUUGAGCAAUCAUUGCCUUUCCAGCGACAGCUGUCAUUGCUGCUUGCCCUGGACUGUUUUGUCCAUGCUGUGUUUGGUCUCUCGAGACCAGUGGCCUUCGCAGGGGUUGGGUACGUACAGACUUUUGAAGUCCCAUCAUAGUCACUCAGGAGCUAACAUAGAGGAUCGGGAAGGAUUGGAGACAAAAGAAACCCUAACUUUUUUAAUAUGUAUAAAAUUUUCUACUUGACCCUCAUAAUAGAUUUUGGCAGAAGGAUAUACUUUAUUGUAACUUAUUUUGUUGUUAUGUGUAAAUACAAGAUGUCUAUGGGAAAUAAGUAAUUCUGAGCUGUGUCUAUGGAACAAGCCACUGCACCAAAAUAUUUCAAAUAUUUAGAAUAGGCAGAUUUUUUUAUUAAAAGGGACCUAGUACGUAUUUAUUUACAUAUACGAUUCAAAUUUUGUCCAGCUUUUUCAUUUUACUAACCCAGCUUUUUUAGGGAAUUUUAUAGCACAGGUAUUACAUAUAUAUUUUUGUAUAUAUGUCAUACUGAAAAUCCGUAAUACAAUUUUCUAAACUUCCUGAUUAGCCAGUUCAUUGAGUGAAUUAAAGGGGGAGAAUAUAGGCAAAUUGCUUUCUGACUCGUUCAGGAAUAUGUAUCCAUGGCAAUGCACCUGAACCAGAACUGUACAGCAUCCUUUCCAUAUUGUAUACAUUUUCUCUUUGAUGAAAAAAUGUUAACUAUUUUUGUUUAUGACUAAUUUAUUUUUUAUUAUUGUGAAAAAUAAAGUAAUUCAAGAUGAA